CAGUUAAUCAGUCUAAAAUAUAAAGCUGCAUAGUCAAAAAAUUAUUUCAGCUUUUUAAUGAAAGCUAAAUACGAUAAAAAGUAUAAAUAUAAACAUAACCUAACUUUUACGCAUUUAAAAAAUUAGUAGGGGCCUAUUUUUAUUUUAGUAUUUUCUCUUAAUUAAAACUAAAAGCUCUAAAUUAAUUUAUGUUACAAACUCGUCGUCUUGUCUCCUCUCAUGUUUAGGGAGAAAUUUAAAUUUUAUAAAAGCCGCUGUCCUCCUCCCACAUUUGAAAAUGUCAUAGACUUUUCUUCAUUAUCCACCAAAUUCAGUGAAAAGGUAAUCCUCAAGAAGCCGUGUAACACAAAAAACCAAGCUAUACCACAACAUUUGACAAGUAUAGAACAGUGGAAAAUAUAUGAAUUAAAAGACAGCCCAGGUAUCAUAUUCAUUGUUAAUCCUUUUACCAGCCAGGGUCAGCAGUAUUGGGUAGAAAGGUGCUUAAAACAUUAUACUAGGAAACCCAACAAACUUAAUUUAGACCCUUUUGAUGAUCUUCAGGCAGGUGAAAACUGGUGGGAAAAAGCUCAUGUAAAUUGUAAAGUCGAUGGCAAACUUUUGAAAAAGCUGCGAUGGGCUACGUUGGGCUACCAUCAUAACUGGGACACCAAGGUGUACAGUGACGCAGAUCGAGGAGAAUUUCCGUCUGAUCUUGCAGAGCUGAGUGAAGUUAUAGUGGAAGCUAUCGGAGAGGCGCAUCACGACUAUCGUGCUGAAGCAGCAAUCAUAAACUUUUACCACUUUGACUCCACACUGUCAGGUCAUAAGGAUGUGUCAGAACCUAACAUGGAAUCUCCUCUGCUGUCUAUAAGCUUUGGUCAAUCAGCUGUGUUCUUGGUCGGAGGUGAAAGUCUAAACGACCCAGUUACAGCCAUGAUGCUCCAUAGUGGAGACGUUGUAGUUAUGUCGGGCCACUCUAGAAAAUGCUAUCACGGAGUUCCUCGGAUCAUCCCCACCAGCAGUAGACCAUGGGUCGGUCAAGACUGGGAGACCACUGACUGCGGCAAAUACCUUGAAACAUCCCGCAUAAACAUUAACAUCAGACAAGUGCUUUUACCUGGACAGAAAAGAAUAAACAGAUGAUGCUCAAAA